AUGAUUGUAAAGCAGCUAAAGAAUCCAUCUGAAAGGGAAGUUGAAAGGAUUGUCGAAUUGACAGUCCGUGCUUUCUCUGGAACGGUGCCAAAUGCACCUUUUCUUGGCGGAGAUUGGACACUGCACGCUGAGUACUGUCGCUCUCAGACAAGAGCCACCGCUCUUGAAGGUGAAUUGUACGUUGGGGUCACGGAGAGCGGAUUGAUAGUAUCCACCGCCUCAUGGUUCCCUCCGGGACGGAGUAUGUUUGAUUCGGAUGCCCAGAAGGCAUUGGGCUAUAAUCAAUUCCGAACGAAAUUGAAAGCAGAGGCAAAGGAAUGGGAAAAUAAUAUUUUUGCAAAAAUUGUCGUCGAGAGCGUCGAGACACUGUUUACAAAAGAGGAAAUCGCUUCAAGAUGGUGGUGUUAUAAUCUAGUGACAGAUCCCGCGUAUCAACGCAGAGGAUAUGCUACAGCUGUCAUGAAAAUUCUGGCUGAUAAAGCAGAUAAACUAGAUAACAUACUCGGCUUAAUCGCUACGACACAAGAAAACGUCAACUUCUACCGUGGUAUUGGCUAUCGGGAACGCGGAUGUGUACAUGUGCCAGCACCUACAGGAGAUUUCGACAUGCAUGUGAUGGCUCGGGACCAGUCGUCAAAAUCCUUCGACUGA